AUGACUAUUUGCGAUGGGACAGCGGACAGCGGAUGCGAUAAGACUGUUUUGACAGAUCCCUCAGCCUUCACCUCUGACUCUAGAAUAGACCGCCUGACCAUGUGUAGAGCAUCUCCUGCAUCUAGUGCCCGAAAUAAAAUAAAAACAAGUCAAAUGGCGGCUAAUUAUAAGGCGCCAAAAGGAAUUCUUAUAACACUGUUGAAGUGCGCUGUCUUCGGAUUCGCGUUCCACGAAACAGCCAAUCAAGGAGUAUGGUCGGACUCAAGCAAGACAGAAGCAUUAACUGCCAAAUAUUUAUCUUGGACUGAAGCAUACUUCUCCACAAACAACGGAUUCGAGAGAACACCAGAUAAAUUAUUCGACACGGCCAGGAUAGCGCAUAGCGUGGAAAAUGUUUGGAAUGAUAUCAUAGUUGGUGUAAAUGACUUCAUGACGUCGAUUCCAGAAAAGAUCUCGCACGCGAUAAGCGCUAAUUUGGAUCCUCCAGAGAAAAGUACAAAACGGUAA